AGACUUAGAGACAGAUCAACGCACUGAAUAAGCAGUCACUCCAGGAGUCACACUGUUAUCCAUCACGUCUAUAUUUUUUUUCCCAGGACAAAUAGAUGUGAGCAGUGUGCACAUAUUGACAGAUGCGAGUAUUUGGAGAAAGCCUUGUGAGACAAGCUGAUUGAUUUUUUGAGGGUGGAUAUCAGUUUGUUGGUCCGCUGGAGAGAAACAAGUGUUGUCAUGGAAACUAUUUUGCUCUUCCUCUCUUCACUCCUGGUGUGUGUGGCUGCUGUAGCCGACCCCAGUGCGCAGGAUGGCGAGAAAAAAGUUGUAAACCCAUUUGUUUAUGACUAUGAGAGCCUGAGGAUUGGGGGAUUGGCACUUGCCGUGGUGCUGUUCACAAUGGGCAUUCUUCUCAUCCUUAGUCGACGAUGCCGCUGCAGUAUCAACCAGAAGCCCAGGGCCCCCGGAGACGAGGAGGCGCAGGAAGAGAACCUGAUUGUCUCCAAGGCUGCGGUGGCUGCCAAAGAGACUCCAGCAGAGAACUGAGGCAACUCCACUGGACCGAGCUGCCUUCUGAAAUCAGUUUUAUUUGAUAUUAACUAAGCCACUACAACAGUGAAGGAAUGGAUGAUUAUUAUAAUAUGACAGGUUAAGAGUGGGAGGUAUACGUUUAGAGGUGUAAUAUGUACAUAAAUGUUGUGCCCUGAAGACAAACACUUAACUCGUUGUGCUCCGUUGUGACCGUGCCCGUCCCUCAGUGCUCUCGUCCGUCCCUGUGCCUUCCUGUGACAGUCUCUCACUCCAGUUCUUUGUCUUAGCCGGUAGCACCUUGAACAAAAGAUUGUCUCUGAAGCCCUAGAAGAAAAAGAAGAAGAAGAAGAAUUAGAAGAAGAAGAAGAAGAAGAAGAAGAAGAAGUGUUAAUGUUGUGUAGUCUGCUGUUCUUUGUUUUGUACUUCUAUCUAUCGCCUUUAGGUUUUAGAAUCUGUCAAUUUGUUGUUUAUUUUGUCAAUCUUCCUGGAUAAUGUUUGUCACAUUUGGAUUAUAACACAUAUGCAUAUAUACUGUAUACAUAUAUAAGUAUAUACUAUAUAUAAAUACAGAUAGUUUACAGAUACAGUCCUUAAUUUAGGUCUACGUUUGAAUGGUUGGGUGUGUAUAUAGGCUAUAUGUGUGUGCAUAUCCUGUAUGAUUGCGUAUAUAUCACAAGUGCAUGUGUAUCUCUACAUGUAAAUGUGAUGAGCCUUAUAUAAGACAAUCUCCACUGCCACAGCUCUCUGACUGAGCACAGGAACGGUUUUCAGAUAUCUGCACGAGCUCCUCCACCGCGGUGUUUUACCAUCUAUUAUAGUGGAGGGAGCUCCUGUGUCAGCUGUCUCACUGCCUUCUUCUCCACACAUCCGCUCCACCGCUAAGUCACUGGCUCCACCAGGAUUAAUACUCUCCAGCAGACUAUGAUUAUAGUUUCCCCAUACACACUUGUGUACUAGUGCCACAAAUCUAUGAAGUCUUUCUUUUCUCUUUCUUGUCUGUUUAUGAAAUUGCUUUCUCUGAUGCCAUCACGCUUCGAGUGGCCGUACAUUUCUGAAAAAGAGAGACAAUGUUUGGGAUCUGAGUUUGAGUGGAGUUAAAUUUUAAAUUGACAUUAUGUAUGUGCAAGACUACAUUAAUAGUAGCCUAUAAGUCAAAUCAUAGCGAGAGAACAAAUGAACAAUCUUUCACCAAUCUCAAGUCUGAGUGUUUUAAAGGCAACCGCUGUACAAGUAUAAAUGCUGUGUUCAUUUUAAGCAUGAGGCCUUUGUUGUGUAGCCACCUGUUGCUGUGCUUUUGGCAUAAAUAAAUAAAAGUAUGUCUGAACACA